UCUGCUAUUCGACGCUCUAGCCCACGUGACCGGAAGUAAAUACGGUUCAGCAGCAGUUCCCGCGUUUGGCGACUCUUUCAAUCUCAAGCGUGAACUUGGAGUAGCAGCCAGUCGUUCCGGAUAUGGAUGACCUGUAUUUAGACAAUAUUGACGAAUUUGUCAAUGAUCAAAAUAAGAUCGUCACCUACAAAUGGCUCAGUUUAACUCUUGGAGUCCACGUCAACACAGCAAAACAAAUGUUGUAUCAUUACCUGCAGCAGAAACGCAAUGAAAGUUCAGGGACUCCCCUUCAUGCCACCUACCUUGUAUCUGGAAAGUGUGUUGAGAAUGGUAAUACGUGCCAUAAAGUGUCAGUAGUACGUGAGGACAAGCUUGAUGCUGUUAAAGCAAAGAUGGACGUGACCAUCAGUGUGCAUGUGUACAGUGUGCAGAGAGCCGAGCUGAAGGAUAGUUCACCACUUUAUAAUGCAGAUUAUGAUGCUGUUAAGGAGAAUCUAAAAAACUGCAACAAGUACAGCGCUAUACGUUGUGCUGCGGCGGUCCCUAUAUCAUCUGCGGAGCUGCAAAGAGCUCAAGAGAUGGCUUUGGUCCCUCCAGCGGAGAAGGAAAUCAGUAAACCUGGCUUGAAUGAAAACGCCUCAGCUACCUCCAAGCCCAGUGCUAAGCAGCCAGCAGGCAUCAUGGGAAUGUUUGCAAGCAAAAAUGCUUCUAAGAGCCAAGAAUCCAGCAAGGAAGUAAAAACAGAGCAGAAAGUCGAUUCUUCUCUGGUUGAAACAUCAAAAAGCAAAACAGCCUCCAAAGCGAACCCGAUGAGUAACUUCUUUGGGAAGUCUGCCCAAAAAAAGGCUGAUGAAAAACCUAACAAAAGCAUUAAAGAAGAGACGGACGGCAACUCAACAGCAUCGGCUACUGCAAGUAUGAAACAGUCACAGACGUCUGCCAAAUCUGAGAUUGACAUUAAAGAGGAACAAUCCAAAGUGACCAAUGCUUUGAAGGUUGAAUCACAAGACACUCGGAAUAAAACAAAGCGCCCUGAGAUUGUGGACAGUGACGAUGAGAAAAUAGAGAGCCAGCAGAAGAAGAGACGGCGGAUAAAGAAGCCCCAGCCAGACAGCAGUGAUGAUGAGGUUGUGCCAGAUUCUCCACCUGUGCCUAAUGUACACACUCCCAGCCCUAAAAAACAAGUGAAGAGAGAGCCUGUUUCACACCAGGAGAGCUCAGAGGUGAAGAGGAGGAAAAGAAGGCGUGUUUUGAAGUCUAAAACAUUUGUUGAUGAAGAAGGUGCCUUUGUGACCGAGAAGGGUUAUGUGAGCGAGUCUUACUCUGAGAGUGAAGAGGAGCCUGAACCCAACAGUCAAGCCAAAGACUCGAGCUCACUCAAGCAGUCAUUUGGAAAAAGAGAAGAAGAGAAAAAAGAAAAGAAUCAGAAGAAGACCUCUACUGCUAACAAACCUACAAAACAGCCAUCCAUCAUGGGAUUUUUCCAGAAGAAAUAACUUUUUUUAUUCUUUCAUGGAAUUGUAAAGGAAUAGUUCACCUGGAAAUGCAAACUGUCGUUAAAUGCUCAUCCUCAUCCUCAUCCUCAUGAUGUUGUUCUACAACAUAAAGGAUUAUUGCAUAGGUCUUUUUCUGUUCAUAAAAUCUGUCCAUUAAAGAGGGAAAAAAUCCACACACAAAAAAAAAAACAUGAGGAUGAAGAAAUAAUGCCUUUUUUUGGGUGAAAUAUCCCUUUAAGCACUUCAUUUUCAGCAGUGACAUUCCCUUGAACCACAUCUGAUUCUGUAAGGAGGAAAUCAGUCUUCAUUGUCAUGUUACUCUUCAGAGACAUCGAAACAGGAGAUUUCUGCUUCUACAUGAACAACACUUUUGUGCCAACUAUCCAUUGAACUUCACAUGCUGGAUUUCAGUUCUGGGCCUGAUAUGAUUGUCUGUUGUAGUAUUCAAGUGUAUGAUCCUGCUGAUCGAGCAGAUUUCUUUAGUAUAAGCCAACCUGCACAUGGCCAACCACCAAUAAUUCCCAUACUGUAAGGUUUGUGGAGUCUGUCUAUUUUUAAUAUGUUUCUGGAUAAUAAAUCAAAAGAUAAAAUAUUUUAUUUUUGUUGGUAUUAAAAUUCAUGUAAAAGAAAUAUCAGUUGGUUUAGACAGAAAUUUCUCUGACAUACAUUAGUUAAGUCCAUUAAAAAUCUGCUCAAUGGUCAAGAAAAUGUUUUUUCUCUUGCUGUCUUGUUUGGUUCCUGUGAGUCAAGUUGUUUUCUCCUCUGAGCUUCAUAUUUCUACAUGACAUCCGUUUCUGGCUCCAUAGUUGUGUUGAUCUUGGACAUUUCCAUUUAUCAAAACUAAACUUACUGUGUGGAAAGGCAUGCCUCUGGAAAUGCACAUCAAAAUCAGUCCAAGCUCUUCUGAUCCAGUGCCACAGACGUGAAAUUGAGCGUUUUGUGCCAAGACAUCAUUCCCCAUAAACUCAAUUUUUUUCCCUAAGGAAAGGCUCCUAAACUUAGGUCUGAGUUAGUAUGUGCGAUUGAAUUCAAGAACAGAGUGUUCUUUAUAUUGUUGUAAAACAUUUGUAAUAGUGCUUUCAAACCUGGGGUCCAGCAAAGUGAGAAUUUCUGUUUGC